AUGAACAAUGCUACAAAUGCAAAAAAAAUUGGCCAUUGCAAGAAAGUGUGCAGAAAUAGAGCUGUCAACAGUCUAGAAGCCGAUAAUAGUGAUUACAGCGAUGACUUUAACGAGAGUCUCGUAGCCACUUUGCAUGUGAAUUCCUUGGACAAUACACAUCUGAAUGCCAUUAUUUUGGAGCCUAUCAUUCAUAACAGGAAAAUCCGGAUGGAGUUGGAAACUGGAGCUGCAGUAUCCGUUAUGUCACAAAGGAAAUUUCGUGAACAUUUUCCUGACAAAGUUGACAGUCUAAAAAAGACACAUUUGCGUUUACGUACAUACACAGAGGAGGUGUUAAAACCCAAAGGUGUAGCACGUGUACCAGUUACAUACGGAAAUCAAAGGAAGGAACUUAACCUAUAUGUUGUUCAAAAAGAUGGGCCAUCGCUAUUUGGCCGAGAAUGGCUAGCUCACAUUACCUUGGAUUGGCCUUCUAUCAAAUCUUUGUCAGUUGCAACAAGUAAAGUUUCAGGCACAUGUUCCAAAGGGACAAAACAUAAGUUAUCUGAGAUCUUGGGAAAACAUGGACAGAUUUUCAAGGAUGACAUGGGAACCGUUAAAGGAAUCAAAGCGUCAUUGAAACUGAAGGAAAGUGCACAACCCAAGUUUUGCAAAGCACGUCCCGUGGCGUAUUCGUUGAAACAAAAAGUUGAAAAGGAACUGAACAAGUUAGUCGACAGUGGCGUCAUUACAAAGAUAGAUUACAGUGAAUGGGCUACACCUAUCGUACCAGUCAUAAAAUCGGACGGUAGUGUUCGGAUUUGUGGUGACUUCAAAGUGACUGUGAACCCUGUCCUUGAAAUUGACCAAUAUCCGCUCCCAAGGAUUGAGGAAAUUUUUACGGCAUUGUCCAAAGGUCAACGAUUUACCAAGUUAGAUUUACGCCAUUCGUACUUACAAAUGACUGUAGAUGACGAAUCCAGAAAAUUAUUGACUAUCAAUACCGAAAAGGGAUUGUACAGAUACAACAGAUUAGUAUUUGGUGUGGCCUCAGCGCCAGCCAUUUGGCAGCGCACAAUCGAUACUGUGUUACAAGGGCUGGCCGGGGUAAAAUGUAUAAUGGAUGACAUGAUCAUCACAGGAACGAGUGAAGAAGAACACUUACAAAAUUUGGAAGCAGUACUGCAGAGACUGGAUGACUACAAUUUGCGAGUAAACUUAGAUAAGUGUGAGUUUUUCAGGGAGCGUGUUUCAUAUUGUGGACAUGAAAUCGACAGUGAAGGAUUGCACAAAACACAGGCAAAAAUCGAUGCAGUUAUCAAUGCUCCAAAGCCGACAAAUGUAUCGGAGUUGCGUUCAUUCCUGGGAAUUGUGAACUAUUAUGCCAGAUUUCUGCCAAAUCUGUCUAGCACAUUAUAUCCGUUACAUCAGCUGUUGUCAAAGGAGAAGAAAUGGGAGUGGACCCCUAAAUGUGAUAGAGCCUUCUUGGAUAUUAAACGAAUGAAAACAUCCGAAGAAGUUCUGACACACUACAAUCCCGAUCAGCCAGUACGAUUAGCUUGUGAUGCUUCGUCAUACGACAUAGGAUGCGUCUUAUCACAUGUGAUGGAUGAUGGGUCAGAAAGGCCUAUUGCGUAUGCCUCACGAUCACUAUCGGCUGCAGAGAAAAACUAUUCACAGAUUGACCGCGAAGCCUUGGGUAUAGUGUGGGGUGUAAAGCGUUUCAAUACCUAUUUAUACGGGAAACAUUUUACGUUACUCACAGAUCACAAGCCGUUAGUGUCUAUUUUUCAUCCAGAAAAGGCAAUUUCGACAACUUCAGCUGCACGCAUGCAAAGAUAUGCUUUAUUUCUAUCAGGAUAUGAUUAUGAAAUCAUGUACAAAAAUACUAAAACGCAUGGAAAUGCAGACAGUUUAUCGCGACUGCCAUUAUCCGAAUGUGAAACUUCCGAAGACACUAGUGUUGACAUAAUGUACAUGUCGCAAAUUGAACAGUUACCAAUUACGAGCGCCAAAAUAAAACAGAAAACUGGACGCGACACAGUUUUAUCGCAUGUCUACGAGUCUGUCAUGAAUGGGUGGAUCACAUACAUUAAAUCAGAGGACAAGGACCUGUAUCCGUACUUCAGCCGCAGAGAUGAAUUAACUGUGCACAACGGAUGUCUUCUAUGGGGUAUGCGUGUGAUAAUUCCACUGAAAUUGAGAAGCCAUGUUCUGAACGAUCUGCAUGUAGGGCAUAUUGGGAUAGCAAAAAUGAAGGCCUUGGCCAGGAGUUUGGUGUGGUGGCCAGGCAUCGACCAGGACAUUGAAAAUAUUUCAAAAUCAUGUGCAGGAUGUAGCGAAUUUAAACGUUCACCACCAUCCGCCCCAGUUCACCCAUGGGAGUGGCCCACUAGCCCAUGGGAGCGUGUUCAUAUUGACUUUGCCGGGCCAUUUUUGAACUCAAUGUUUUUUUUAUAG